CCUAAGCAGCGCCUCUUCUCAGGGUUUAUUCGCCUGUGAAAAAUACGCUAGCCUCCGGCUGGGCAAUGACCCUCUAUAUCAGCUCAGCCUCUUCUCCCAAGGCGUCCCGGUUCGUUCGUCUAUUUAUUGUGGUGCUGAACCCGUUUUAUUUUAUUUUAUUUUUGAACCAAUUCAUGCAGAGAGGAUUACCUCAAGAUAUUGUUCAGUAUGGCCGACCCACAAGAGUCUCUUGUUGAUGUUGUUAAACAGGACAAGUUUUUCGACAUCUCAGACGAUCAGUUCCUCGAUCUCUUAAAAAAUGCCUUUAAGGCUGAGCUCAAUCAUCUAAAGAAUGCAAGUCCCACCGUGGAAUCCGGUGCAACGAGGAAUUGGGAGUGGACACCAUCACAGAGAAUCUUCGGGGAGGAUUUCCACGAAGUGAACCGAACACUAACCAGCAUGUUGGCCGUCAAAUGGGUCAUUGCGGGGGAAUAUGAGACGUUCACAAGUGGCCAAAAUAACAGGAAGCUCCAGCGGGACUCUUUCAAGGAUCUGCGGUGGUUCUUUCUCUCUCGAUUGCAUGAACCAGAUGAUAUCUAUGCUCUUAUUGUUGCAAUUGCCAUUGACGAUAUCGGGAAGGACAAGGCUCUUGCUGAGGAGGUGGGAAUCCCGGAAAAGAAUCACGGGGAAGUGCUACUCAAAGCCGUGGAGAGGGGGUUAGUGCCUGCGUUGGAAACCGUCACAGACCAAGUCAGGAAAAACAAUAUCGUCCAGAGCCUGAAGAUCGGCGCGAAACUUGAUAUUUCGCAAAUAGUCCAGGGGGAAACAGUCCCGCACAGCAUGCUUGCUCUGAAUGAUUGCCAGAAGCUUCACGAAGCAUUCAAUAUCAAGGCUAUGGUAACGUUUCUGGACGUGGGAGGGGCUGCUGCGCAUAGUGACCCGCGCGGAUGCAUUGUGAUGACGCAACCGAUAUUCAGUCACUACAUGAAGACGAUCGAGCUCUUGGAUGAAUAUCGCAAGAUGGAAAGCCCCGACUGGCCUGAAUGCUACGACAAGUAUCUGGCUUACCGUGCUGAUAUUUUGGCGGCCGAUGGGUUCGCUUCACUAUCUACCAGCAACUCAGAAGACCGUGCGCUUCUUCGACUUCUUUGUAUGGGACGAGUGGAGACCAGGGCACAGGCAGAGCAGUUUCGGACUGCUUUUUCGAAUUUGCCAUCUUCUGCAAAAACGGAUUUGGUGAAGGGACUGAGUGUAAACGGCAUUGAAGAUGGUACCGCCAUUCUCCCCUACUACGCACCCGGUAUCCUGUCAGAGGUGCUGAGGGAUGUACCUGAAGGAAAAAUUGUCCAGUACCUGAAAGCCUUCAUGCACUUCCUGGCUGGAGUGUAUGAUGGCUCCAAACCUGAGCCUGGCAAGCCGGGUGCACUUGAGGAACGUGACUUGGCCCCGAUGCAGGAUAUGGUUAAAAGCCCCGAAUUCAAGGAACAUCCUGAAAUCUUAACGAGGUUCAACUUAUCAUAGAGGGCGUUCAGAUGAUGCUUGUUUACUUUUCUUUUCAUUUUGUUGUCCUAGCCUUCGCAGGGCCUCUUUUGCGCUAUAUUUGUUUAACGGGGUUGAAGAAGUUGUCCUUGGGUAUGGGAAGUUAAUCGCCUGGUUUCAUGACCUGCUGAUGCUAUUGAAUUAUUACUG